AUGAGAUUUAAAUUGCUGUGUCUGUCUGAGCAUUGGAUGUGCUUGGAUGAUCUAAAACUUUUUAAAAUUGCUGGAUAUGAGUUGGUAGCCUACUUCUGUCGAAGUGAGUUCCAGUGUGGUGGGGUUGCUAUUUAUAUAGACACAUCUGUGAUUGCCCACUUUGCAUGCAUUGACAUUUCUAUGCACUGUGUUGAAAAAGAGCAUGAAUUCGCAUGUGUAUCCCAGUUGCAUGCAAAGUUAUACAUUGUUACAGUCUAUCGGUCACCAGCUGGUUGCCUUCAAAAUUUUUUCAACUCACUUGAGGGACUUGUCGUUCAGUUAGCUAACUUAAAUCCAGGUUUUAACAUAAUUGUUGACGGUGACUUCAACAUUGAUGUGUUGAAGGCUGACCACAGGACAAGGGAGUUUGUUAACCUACUGAGAUCUCUGGACCUCUAUGUGGCUAACUGGCAGCCCACUAGAUUGGAUGCUUGCCUCGAUAAUGUGAUUACAAAUCUGAACAUUGGCAAUAACAUUAGUUGUUCAAUUGUAAAUCCUCUCCUCAGUGACCACCUGGCACUCGGCUGCAAUGUGGAAUUGCCAACUUCCACCGACCCUGCCUCUAUACCUGCAGGGCGUGAUCGAUUCACUUGGGUGCGACCCAUCACACAGGGUGGACACGAGCAUUUUCUGCAUUAUCUGACUCUGAUUGACUGGAGCUUUCUGAAGCAUCAUCCUGAUGCACAGCCCAAUUUCACGGCGUUUUUUGAUAGACUCCUGACUGGCUUCAACAACUGCUUUCCACUAAAACGUUUCCUCUCUGGAAGGCCUGGUAAACGUGGUGCACUGUGGAUUAUGGAUGACCUUCUUGACCUGAGAGACCUGGUUCUUAUGGCGUAUGAGCGGUUUUGGGCUGAUCGACUUCUGUCCUCUAAACGGACCUACAUGGGACUGAGGAGAUCAUACCAGCGGGCUGCUCGUGCGGCCAGGAUGCGCUACAACUCUGAGCUGAUUGACCGGGCACCCAAUAGGUGCAAAGCUGCCUGGGGUAUCAUCAGGGCCGCUGCGGGUGUACCAGCUCCUGAUGCUGUUCCGGUAUCUGCGGAUGAUCUUCACAACGCAUGGACCAGCUCUAUUCGCGGUAUCUGCGAGGGGAUCCGAGCUUCCCCUGUGGUGGCGGCGGAUCUGCUCUUGGCAUCAGUUUGGCCCCCUGAUCUUCGGCUGUUGACCUGGCGCCGUAUUACUUGUGAUGAUGUCACUCGAGUUGUGAACUGUUUGAGCAACUCGGUUAGUGAAGACAUUUAUGGUAUGACCAGUGCUACUAUUAAGGAUGUAUUAGCUUUUAUUGUUUCUCCCCUGACUGUUUGUAUUAAUCUGUGUUUCCAGCAGUCUGUAUUUCCUUCUCAGCUUAAAAUUUCUAAAACAGUGCCUGUCUUUAAGAAGAGUGAUAGGCAUGAUCCUACUAACUAUUGGCCUAUCUCCAUCCUGCCUUUUAUAUCGAAGAUUUUUGAAAUUCUUAUUGCUGAGCAACUCCUUGCUUAUUGUGACCAGUGCGGCCUGUUUGCGACCACCCAGUUUUGUUUCAGGAAAAAUAGAUCCACCACUGAUGCAGUAGAUUUCCUGCUUUCCAAAAUAUUUGAUUGCUUAGAGGCACGUGGACUUGCUGGGCUCACCUUGUGUGAUCUCAGCAAGGCCUUUGAUUCAAUGGAUCAUGCUAUUCUCGUGGACAAGCUUAGGCAUUAUGGUGUGGGACCGUCUCCUCUCAAACUGACUCAGGCCUACCUGGGGGGUCGCAGACAGGUGGUGCUGGCUAAUGGAGUUCUCUCUGAGAUCAGGGAUUGUGUUGACUGUGGAGUGCCUCAGGGCUCUGUCCUGGGGCCUGUGUUGUUUCUUAUUUCAGUUAACGAUAUAGCUCAGGUGUGUUGUCUGUUAUGCGGACGACACCACCUUCUUCAAUGCUGGUCGUGA